ACAGCACACCACCUAUUAUUUAGAAGCCCUUGCUUGCGUCUCAAGAACAGCUGUUGUCUUAAUCUUCAUCAUCAUCAACUCCUGAGGAAUCAUAAUGAAGACCACUCACAUCCUUUUGCUGUGCAUCCUUGGAGCUGCUUUGUUGACUGCAGUUAACUGCACUAAUGCAAAUGGCCCCGACAACUGCUGCUUCAAGUUUUACCCAAGAAGAAUUAAACCAAUGUUGUAUUACAUGACUGAUCACCGAUGCCCAAAGCCUGCCGCCAUCUUUGUUACCAAAAAGGCUCGUUCAGUCUGUAUGGAUCCGUCUCUCUCCUGGGUCGAUAGCAUCAUGAAAGCACUGGACGAGAGCACUUUUUAAACCAGCUGCCUGCUU